AUGAGGAUUGCAUUUUUUAGUAUACUUCCUCACGAGAAAGAUGCCUUAGAGGCAUUCAAUAAAGAAUACCACCAGGAAUUGGUCUUUUUCAAAGAUAGCCUCUCAGAGGCAAACGUGGCUCUUGCUGCUGGCUUCCCAGCAAUAUCAGCCUUUGUCAACGAUCAGUUGGACUCAACGAUUAUGAGAGCCCUGGCCGAGUCUGGGACCAAGCUCGUGGCCCUGCGCUGCUCCGGUUAUGACAGGGUCGAUAUCAAGGCAGCGACGGCGAACGGCAUCACUGUUACGCGUGUCCCCGCCUAUUCUCCAGAAGCCAUCGUCGAGUACACCGUCGGAAUGUUGAUUGCUCUUGACAGGCGCACCCCUCAUGCCUGGCAGAGAGUGCGCGCUGGAAAUUUUGAUUUGACGGGUUUUGUAGGGCAUGGGAUCCAUGGAAAGACUGUUGGUAUAGUGGGAACCGGGCGCAUCGGUGCGGGAGUUGCCAGGGUGUUCAAAAAUGGGUUUCAGUGCGAGGUUCUUGCCAAUGACCUCUAUCCCAAUGCGACGCUGGAACAGCAUGGCGUCCGUUACGUGGAGUUCAAGGAGCUGUUAAAAAGCUCUGACAUCGUCUGUCUGCACUGCCCAUUGACUACUGCGACUCGCCAUAUUAUCAAAGCCGAGACAUUGGCUAUCAUGAAACAAAAUGCCAUUCUUGUCAAUACCAGCCGAGGGGCGCUAGUUAACUCAUCAGACCUUCUACACGCAUUGGAAAAAGGUCGCAUUCGUGGGUGUGCCCUUGACGUCGUUGAAGGGGAAGAGAAAUAUUUUUUCCAGAGCUCAAACCAGGCCAAACAUAUCGACGAUGUUUUGAGGCGGUUGAUUUCCCUGCCAAAUGUGAUGAUUACCGGUCAUCAGGCAUUCUUGACAAGAGGAGCGGUCGAUAGCAUUGCAAAGACAACCUUGAAGAGCAUUCGCAAUUUUGAGUCCGGCACAUUAAAAGAGAACGUGGUGUAUGAUAAGUAUAACCAAUGA